AUGGCGGGAGGGAGACCUCAGCUCAAGAGGAGUUUCUCCAUCAUCCCCUGCUUUGUCUUCGUGGAGUCUGUGCUGCUGGGCGUGGUGGUCCUGCUUGCUUACCGCCUGGAGUUCACGGACACCUUCCCUGUGCACACCCAGGGCUUCUUCUGCUAUGACAGCACUUAUGCCAAGCCCUACCCGGGGCCUGAGGCUGCCAGCCGAGCACCUCCUGCACUUAUCUACGCUCUGGUCACCGCUGGGCCCACCCUCACGAUCUUGCUGGGGGAGCUGGCUCGUGCCUUUUUCCCCGCGCCACCCUCAGCCAUCCCCGUCAUCCGGGAGAGCACCAUCGUGUCUGGGGCCUGCUGCCGCUUCAGCCCCCCACUGAGGAGGCUGGUCCGCUUCCUGGGGGUCUACUCAUUUGGCCUCUUCACCACCACCAUCUUUGCCAACGCGGGGCAGGUGGUGACCGGCAACCCCACGCCCCACUUCCUGUCCGUGUGCCGCCCCAACUACACGGCCCUGGGCUGCCAGCCGCCCUCACCGGACCGGCCAGGGCCCGACCGCUUUGUCACCGACCUGGGCGCCUGCGCCGGCAGCCCCAACCUGGUGGCCGCUGCACGCCGAGCGUUCCCCUGCAAGGAUGCUGCCCUCUGCGCCUACGCCGUCACCUACACGGCGAUGUACGUGACACUGGUGUUCCGCAUAAAGGGCUCCCGCCUGGUCAAACCCUCGCUCUGCCUGGCCCUGCUGUGCCCCGCCUUCCUGGUGGGUGUGGUCCGCGUGGCCGAGUACCGCAACCACUGGUCAGACGUGCUGGCCGGCUUCCUGACCGGAGUGGCCAUCGCCACCUUCCUGGUCAGCUGCGUCGUGCACAACUUCCAGAGCCGGCCGCCCUCCAGCCGAAGGCUCUCCCCCUGGGAGAGCCUGGGCCAAGCCCCCACCAUGGACAGCCCCCUCGAAAAGUUAAGUGUGGCCCAGGAACCCGAGGCCUGCAGGCCGCAUUCGACACCGGCACGGCUCACCCCAUCCAAGCCGCAGAACUGCGCCCGCCGUGGCCACCUGAUCCCAAGCUGCGCGUCCUCCAGGGCUCCAGCCAUGUGUUCAUCACCCCGUGUGCCCCGCCCUCGAUUGAGAUCUGAGCCAACGCCUCUGCCUCUGCCCUUGCCCCUGCCAGCACCAACCCCCAGCCAGGGCCCCUCACCCUCCUCUCCUGGGCCUGGGGGGCCAGGCGGGGGUGGUGGACGUAGCCGGAAGCUGUUGUUGCCCACACCCCUGCUGCGGGACCUGUACACCCUUAGUGGACUCUAUCCCUCCCCCUUCCAUCGGGACAACUUCAGCCCUUACCUGUUUGCUAGCCGUGACCACCUGCUGUGA